CACCAUCCUUUCAGUCUCAUCACCAACCACCACAACGACAAACACAAACACAACCACAACCACAACCACAAACACAACCACAACCACAACAAUCACCCGCACUGAUCAUCUUUCUUUAAAACCACACAUCACACAGACAGACACAGUCCAUCGCUAAGAAUCACUUAGAAACCCAUUUUUUUCCUCUCCUAGUGUCAUGGAUAGCAACUCUACUACUACUUCUAUACCCUCUCACAUGAAGGCUUGGGCCUAUUCCGAGUAUGGGAACGCAGUUGAUGUACUGAAAUUGGACAAAAACGUAUCUGUUCCUGAGGUUAGGGAUGAUCAGGUUCUGAUCAAGGUUGUUGCCGCUGCGCUUAAUCCUGUGGAUGCAAAGAGGAUGCUUGGGUUCUUCAAGGCCACUGAUUCUCCUCUGCCUACUGUUCCAGGUUAUGAUGUUGCUGGUGUGGUGGUCAAGGUGGGAAGCCAAGUGAAACAUCUCAAGGAAGGAGACGAAGUGUAUGGGGAUAUAAAUGAGGAAGCUUUGAACAACCCCAAACAGUUUGGUUCUCUGGCUGAGUACACUGCCGUUGAAGAGAAGCUAUUGGCUCUAAAACCUAAGAAUCUUAGUUUCGCUGAAGCCGCUAGCCUUGCACUUGCCAUUGAGACUGCUAAUGAGGGCCUCAAACGCGCCGGACUUUCAACUGGUAAAUCUAUCCUUGUUUUAGGUGGUGCUGGUGGAGUUGGAACUCUGGUAAUUCAGCUAGCAAAACAUGUAUUUGGUGCAUCAAAAAUUGCAGCUACUUCCAGCUCUGGAAAAUUGGAGUUGUUGAAGAGUUUGGGAGCUGAUUUGGCCAUUGAUUACAAUAAGGAGAACUUUGAAGAUCUGCCAGACAAAUUUGAUGUGGUAUAUGAUGCCGUUGGGCAGUGCGAUAAGGCGGUGAAGGCAGUGAAAGAAGGCGGAAGCGUGGUGGCAAUAAUCGGUGCAGUCACUCCACCUGCUUUCAUAUUUGUAGUUACAUCAAAUGGAUCUGUCUUAGAAAAACUAAACCCUUUCUUGGAGAGUGGCAAGGUGAAGGCAGUGAUAGACCCUAAAGGCCCAUUCCCAUUCUCUCAGACCAUUGAAGCAUUUUCUCAUCUCGAAACUGGCAGAGCUAUUGGUAAGGUGGUGAUAUAUCCAGUCCCAUGAGAGAAGAGAAGGGACCGGAGUCACUUAGUUAUUAAGCAGUAGUGCUCCUUUUAUUUGUAUUACAAGGCCAAGAUGUUGUGUUAAAAAGUAUCCCUUAUUUAUGUGACCCUAUUCCUACCGGUUAAAAGACACUAGUGUGAGACAAUAUGGAGAUAUAUAUCUAAGUCAGUUUUUGAUGUGUAGCCACACAUGGCUGCAGGCGUAGACAAUAAUUUUAAAAGAAGAGGUUAAAUUACACUUUCUAGCUGAUUCAGACUAUGAUCU